AUGCCGUUCUUUUCUCGCGUCUUUCGGAGCAAAGACUCUACCGCGACCAAGAAACAGGCUAAACCAACCACCACCGCAAACCCCGUCCCCGCAAAGCCAAAAUGGACCGACGCCUGGCAGCAGAAGGAGGUGGCCCCUGAGGAGGUACAAGACCUCAUUCGAGGUUGUGCGCAGGAGUUGAAGGCACGAGGUGGGUACAAAUUUCUAUCUCAACCAUGUGGUGGUGUUACCGCUGCCACGCGCAUACUUCGGAUUGCUGAUCAUUCGUCCAAUUUAGCUCUCGAUACCCCAUUCCUGCUCCUUCCCUUCCGUCCCAGUUCCGACCCUAGCGCCGCUCGUACGUUCGUCCGAAACUACUUCAACCAGUCCUUUGAGCAGGGCGCCCCGGUCAGCGGAGAUGCCUUGAUGCAGGAGCUGCGGCUCAAUGAGCCGAUGGUUCUUUGCAGCGUCUUGAAAUGGUGUUGGAGCAGAUUGCCUGGCGGUGUAGUUACUUGGGAGGCAUAUGAACUCUUCAAGGUUGGCGAACAAGAUUCGGAUUUGGCCCGCGAUGCUUUUGCAACUUUCAUCCCUAUUAGUGUCGACACCGACGCUCGCGCCAAAAUUAUUUUUGAUUUCUUCGACCUACUUGCGGCGAUUGCGGCGCAUGGCAAAUCUAAUGGUCUGGGUGGCCGCCAGCUUUCGCGCUAUGCUGGAUGGUGGGCCUUUGAGCACCAUGAUACUGGAAAUGGCUUUGAGGCCUCCUACAAAAAUUGGGCUGCUGCCGCUGAUGCGACAAGCCACUUGUUUUUCGCUUACUUACGCUCACUUUCCCCCGAUAUGCCUCGCGGUGUUACUGGUAUCUCAUCGCUACCGAUCUCCCUUCAAUCCCUCGUCGAGGCGACCGAAUAUCCUCCAGAAACCCCGACGCUGCUCCAAGUCACGACCACUAAAGUUGUCAUGAUUGUUGAUACGGUCUCUCCUACGCCCUUUUCUUUGUUGCGCCGCGCAAAGAACUUUGAAUAUCGCGACGACCACUGGCACCUCCAGGAAUUCGCCAACUUUGAAGACCCCAUCAAAGCGCUGACGGACGAGUGUCUACGUGUCUUGAGAUGUAUUUCAUCAACAAAUGAGUCGAGUGUUUCGAGCUCGAAGCAGUCAACUAGCUUGCGGGAUGCUUCAUGGUCCCGUUUUGAGGAUAUUGGAUUUGGUGGCUCUAUUGAAUCGGAUCCCGAAGAUGAAGAUAAGCGGACCACAACUUCCGCAAAGCCGGAUACUGCUGCUAGCAUGAGCACCGUGCCUCGAUCACAGGGUGGUGAUCUUGGACGGCCUACGACCCCAUCCUGGGCGGACUUUAUGUCGUCUGGUUUCUCGGAUGAUAACCCACUGAAGAACCCAGUUGGCCCCCUACUCCUGCCACCUGACAAGGUCCUGCCCCCGAUCGCCGCCAGUCGUGGCCAGAGCUCCCAAUCGCAUAGGCGCACUUUGGCUCCCGAGCCAGCCCUUGAGCCGGCUGAGUUGGCUAGCAUCAGCUCCUUGGAUUUGGAUGAUUCGUUCUGGUGGGUCUGGAUCACUAGUCUUUCCGGUGAUGAGCCAUCUUCGCGCAAGGCUGUAUUUGGUCGCUGUGCUCUCCUCGAAACUGUCAUUCGGGGAACCAAGUGGCUGGUUCUGGAGGAGCAAAUCAAGGGUGCUGCGCCCGAGCCAGAGGCAGGCGCACAGAUUGUUGAGAAGAAGAGCUUCUUUAGCUUCGGCAGUAGGAAGGGAACCAAGCUCGGCCGCAGAAAGUCUUCCGCCAGGAAGGUGGACUCGGUAGAGGACUCCUACAAGCGGCCCAAUAACCAGGCUCCACAAAGCAAAACCAGCAUUGGCCCCGAUCAGCACAAGCGAAUUCAAGCCGCGGCUGCGGCGCUUCAGAAGAAGCACCGGGAGCAAGAGGCUGAGGCAAAGGAUGCCGGCGCUCACUCCCGCUCCGAAGCCUACUCGACCAAGACUAACUCGGUGCUUACUCUUCAGCCCGGCAUCGUGAACGAGGCUUCGUCGGCCAUGAAGUGGGCCAGCAACUACGAUAAGAACACAUUCCGUGCUGCCUAUCUUAACAACAGUCGCGCGGGAACAGGAAACGUAUCUGGGGACGUUGAGGAAAUACCCGAGCCUGAGGAAGAGCAGCCUGCGGCGCCUUCAGUUCCUCUCCCGCCCAGUACAUCUAAGUCUGGGCCCCCACCACCUCCCAAGGAUAAAGCUGCCGUAGCUACCCCAUUGCCACCCUCGCCCGAGCCAGCCAAGAGUACUCUGAGUAAGGUCGUACCCGCGUCUGCGAACAAGGAGAACUCCAAGGAUACUCAGGCCGUUGUCGUUGAACAGCCCAUUGAGGGUGAAACUCAGCAGGCUGCUUCCGACGAAAGCAGCAAAAAGCUCAAGAAGAAGGCCGGUAACACCGGUGCCUUCAAGAGUAUGUUUGUGAGCAAGAAAAAGACCGACCAGCCUCCUGUGAAGACCGGUGUCAGUGAUACCAGCUCGGCGGUAGCGGCUGCUCGUGCCGCUCUCGAGGCCAAGGCCAAGGCUGCUCAGGAAGCGCCUGCCAAGGAAACUGCCCCCAAGGCCGUGCUUAAGAAGAAGCCGGUUCCCGCUCAGCAGCCGGCUACGACAGACGCCUCUGCCCCGGCCCCUGCCCAGACUCAGGCCUCGGAGCCCGUUAAGCCCUCCACUCCCCGCCAGUCUGAAGAGCCCAACUCACAACGUCAUGUUCAAAUUGUCGGUACCGGAAGCCCGCCUCAGACCAGACGUGCUGUUGAAUAUGAUGCUUUGUCUCGUGUUGGCACCAACGAGCGCGAUGCCGCUGAUCAGGAAUUCUCCAAGUUCGACCAGGGUCCUUUGGUUGACCAGCCGGCUUUCAUCCCCGAGGAUGAUCUCCCUGUCACUCCUAACACGGUAACUGAGCAUGGGCGUCCUCAGACCCCUACCAACGGUAACGGGGCAAAGCUGGAGGCUGUCAGCCCUCAGAGCCUCUCUGAAGACCGAUGGAAGCAGAUUCGCGAGAACGCCGCUCAGAGAACUGCUCUUGUAGCUGAGGAGCCUGAGACUCGCACCAGCCAGUCCGAGCGUACCGACGAGGGAGACACCAGUGGUGAAGAGACCAUUGAAUCCCGUGUUGCUCGCAUCAAGGCCCGCGUCGCCGAGCUCACCGGCGAUAUGGAGUCCGCCCGUUAA